CAGAUAUAACGGUUGCUGGGACAGCACUUCUGGGGGAGAUCGGCGCUAAGGUGUCUGAUUUGAAGGCGCCACAGGACCACCCGAAGUUAGCUAACGGUCAGCCAGCACAAUCUAUCGGCUCGUUGCCGAUCAGGGUCACUCUUGAUGGAGUAGCAGUUGAUGAUGAUGUCCACAUUGUUGAUGGUGUGUGUGGAUUGCUGCUCUCCUGGCGUGUGGUGAAGGAUCUUGGCAUCGUGCCGAAGUCCUACCCCAGGCCACAGAGAUCUGCCAUGCCGUCUGUCAAGCCACCGGUGCCCCCCAAACCUGUCGUGCCUGCCGUGCGGACGGGGCGAGCGCCCCCUGGUGGGGGAUCUGACAGUGCCGUACCUCCAGCCAGGUGUGCGCUCGGAGGUGACCCGCAGUAUGACGUCACCAGCGCAGCCUCCGACACGACGCAGAGCAGCAGCAACCUGCCAGCUGAGGGGACACCUGCAGUCGGAGCUCCACAACCGCGUCCGGACGCCUUCAUGCAGUCUGCUGCGGCUGAGCGCCAGCGUCUGGUCGACGAGUUUCCUGAGGUAUUCGACGGGAAGGUCAAGCCGCUCCCAGCGGUGCUCUGAGAGGGGCAUCUCCCUCAACAAGGAGAAGUUCGUCUACGGCCAGCGACAGAUCCGCUUCGCCGGGUACGAGGUCUCCGAGGACGGCUACAAGAUCGACACGAGCCUGACCAGAGCGAUCGCCGAGUUCCCCACGCCUGGGAACGUCACAGAUCUCCGCUCCUUCGCCGGCCUCGUCAACCAGGUAGCGUCGUUCUCGCCCCGAGUCGCUGAGCUGAUGACGCUGCUCCGACCUCUGAUGAGUACUUGUAACGAGUUUCUGUGGCAGCACAGUCACCAGGAGGCGUUUGAGAAGCGUCUCCGGUUCAAGGCGUCGGAGUACAACUUCACCGCCAGCUGGCGCCGGAGUGAGGAACACCAAGCUGCCGACGCGCUGUCAAGAUCGCCCGUCGACCAGGCCGUGGAUGGACGAACAUAA